UUUUUUUUGAGAAAAUGAAAGGACUUUCAGUAUAAAAUUUGUAAAAUUUGUACAUAAUGCACGGACUGAAUAAGUUUGGUAGUGUGUGCGAGAGUUUGAUAGAGCAUGUGUGAAAUUAGCUUUGAUAAUGUGUGAUCUAGUAUACUUGCGAAUGAGAGAAAGAUUGAUAGCAUGUAUGAGAGCAAAGUAUGAAAUAUGUCUCAUAUACUAACAGAAGUUUGGGCUAUUUAAUCUUUGUCGGAUCUAACUGUUCUGUUUAAAUUGUAUUUUUUAUUGUUUAUAAAUUCUAGAUAAAAGAUUAUGCAGAUGCCAUUUGUCAUGGCAACACAUGCCUAACGUGACUAUAUAUGACUUUGCUCGAGGCUUGGCCACACAUGCCAAUUUACGUGUACCUUCGUCUCUUCCAUUUCAACCGUUUGAAGGAAGGCUGGCAGUCUCAACACCUGAGAAUAUUAACAAAGCGAAACAGGGAAAACUCAAUGUAUCUCUUCCUUGGUUGAUUGAGAAGACUAAUCUAAAUUCGGAAGGACAUCCAAUCACUGGAUCAUCGCAACACUAUGUUUUAUAUGACAAAUUGCAUGAAUCCAACACAAGAGACCCACAGGAUGUUCUCAGAAAAAUCAGUCUGGUGCCAGAACUACAGGGUUGGCUGAACAGCCAAAUUGCUGAGCAAUUUUUUGCAGACUUGAGAAAAAACAAACUUUUGUAAGCUUCUGCUUAUGGUCUGAGAACUGUCAACUCAGUUCCUGGAGGACUUCAGCCCUGCAGAUCUUAGUUCCAACCCUUCUCCAACACACAAACAAUGUAGUUUUUAAAUAAGCCUGAAGGACGUGAUUUGUUUAAUUAUGGUUGAAGCAAAACACUGCAGGGCAGUGGCCAUCUAGGAACGGAGUUUGUUCUCCCCUGCUUUAGAUGUUGGUUCUGCUGUUUAGAGCUGGUCCGUUUCUUUUGACCAGUCUUUCUUCUGCAAGUUGAUUUGUAAAUGAGAGUUCCAUUGUUUGUUUGCUGGAGCUUGAAAGUUUGUUUCUUUUGCGAGCAUUUCUAGAGCAGGUUUCUCAUACUGGGGGUCUCUGUUUAAUUCUGGAUUUAUCACUUUGUGUUGGUGACUUACCAAGGCAGAGAAACAAAAUAACACUGUUCUCAAAGAUUAUGGAUGCCCUGUCUAUCUGAAACAGGCCCCCCAUAUGAGACGCACCGCUGUAGAUGUUGUAUGCAGAAAGGUUAUUUUUACACCAAAACUUGUGUAUGCAUUCAUGCAUGUACUGUAUGUAUGCUUGUAUGUGAUAGAGAGAGAGAAUAUUAAGACUAUUCUGAUUAUCUAUUCAUAUAUUCAAUAACCUUGCGCAUAUAUACGCUUGAACAACCUUUAGAUUUUGUCACUGCAGUUAUUCAUGUAUUUGUCCUUUUGCAUUCUUGACAGGGAAAUUGCAUGUAGGAUUAUACCGGGAAAAUGGACUGAAAAAACAGGCCUUGAUUUACUGGUUGGCUGUCUAUCUAAUCUUUCCUUCUAUCUAUCUGUAAUCUAUCCAUCUAUGAAAUUGUGCUUAUUCCCGCCUUUCAAUAUAAUUAAGGGUUUUCCAGGACAACCAUAUGGAAACGACUGUGGUAUAUUUAUGUUGAUGUCUGCAUUGUACAUAGUGCUGGAUGCCCCAUUUGACUACACAAUUCUGGACAUGGCAGAGCUGAGGAAAUGGUGGUGCGUCAUGUUAAUGGAGAACUUCAGACUGGAACAACAUGGAAAAUUGUUUGUCCACUAUGCUGAGGAGUCCAAAGCCUUCCUGAGAGGUGAGCAGCAGCCUGUAUUUAGGUUGCGAAAAAGGAGGUUUGAAGAAAUCUCUCAGGAAGAGCCUUUCCACGUACAGGUAGAUGAAACUGAUCUUUUCACCCCUGAAUUUGCAUCAAAGAAGCAGGUGGUUCAGUCUCCACGAAAAGUGCGUGUCAUGACGGAUCUUAAAACUGCCAGUCAGUGGUGCAUAGAGAACUCUAGGGAUCUUCUCGGAUCAGUUCAGCUUCCUGGUAUACUGUGCAUGGAGGAUGAAGCUGCUGAGGCCUUGGAACCAUUGUUCUGUGACGAGUUCAGCAAGGACGAUCUUGUAGAGCCACUGACAUUUGUUUUUGAAUUUAUGCAAGACAUGCAUGCAUUUUUAGAGAAUGUGGUGGACAAAAUGCAUCUGCAAAUUUUUUGUCGAACACAAAAUUGAAAGACCGUUUUAUAUUUGUAUAGUCCGUAACAUUUCAUUUAUUUUACGUAGUAAAAUUAUUCAACUACAGUAAAUGUGAAAAACCCACAUGCAACACCAUGUUUUUAUGUUUUAUUAUUUAUUAAAGUCAACAAUCACCAACUGCUGUGUGUGUCUUAUUUUAUGGUGUGUCAGUUUUGGAAAGAAUAUUAUCAUUGGCUGUGACUAAGAGACUUGUUAAUUGAUGAUUUAAUAAUUCAUUAUUAAAUGUUAUAUACAUCUUUCAUUUUACAAUGAAGGAAUAUAAACAGGUGCUUGUUAAUCAGUAAUUUAAUAAUUCAAUAUAAAGUUUUACAAUGACAUAAAAUUUGUCAUUCCUACAAUUAAGAAAUAUAAAUAGGCAUUUUUUUCCCUUUUUGAUUUCAGUUUAAUUACUAUGUAAUUGCAAUUCAUUUCAGGUCGGAAUAAGUUUUUAAUAAUGUAUUUCCAUUAAUAAUGUAUCUUGCCAAUAUGCGGACCAUCUAUGUAGGUAACGUUACAUAUGCAAAGCAAUCGGACAUUUUUAGUGUAGUUGUUCAACAAAGUCUUAAUUUUAUAUAAAUCCGAGCCGUGAC